GCAGGGCUGCUGUGCCCGUGCGGCUUGCUGGGAGGCAGGUGAUGUCACUGGUGGCGUGUUGGAAGUGGUGUGGUCAGGUGCUAUCGCGCUGAGAUGCUGUGCCCAGAGGAAUCAGCUGCCCUGGCAGAUGAGGACCUGUUUGACUUCCUCCUGAAGGAUGAUGCUCUCUGCCCUGAAAUCCCAGGGGAGGAGAACAGUCUGCUGGAAGACUGGGGCCUGCCAGACCCUGAGUUCCUGAACAAGGAGAUGGAUGACUUCGUCAGCUCCCUGCUGAGCCCCUUUGAAGAUGAACCAGGCACGCUGCAGGGUUAUUCACCUGCUGACAGUGACAGCAGCAUUUCUGAGGAUCAGAAUCUGUCCCAUAGCCCUGGCAGUGACUUUGCCAGCAGCCCUUGGAGCUCAGACAUUGUGCAGUUUGAUCAUAACUAUUCCCUCCAUCGGGAUUGGCCUGUGCUUGAAAGUGUGAGGUCUGAAAUGGCAGAAGGAGAUGUUUCCAUUGACCUUGAGACAUGGACAGGUUUGGAAGGCACAAGUGAGGCACUGGAACAGAGCUCCAGUUUCCUCAUUGCUGUUGCUGUGGACACUGGACCCCAGCUUGUGCCCGGAGCCACUGUGCAGUCUGACUUCCCAGAGCUGGUCCUGACAGAGGAAGAGAGGCAGCUCCUGGAGAAAGAAGGUGUUUCAUUACCAACCUGUCUGCCACUGACCAAAGCUGAAGAGCGGCUUCUGAAGAAAGUGCAUCGAAAGAUCCGAAACAAGCAGUCAGCCCAGGAUAGUCGUCGCGGGAAGAUCUACGUGGACGGCCUGGAAAACAGGGUGGCAGCCUGCAUGGCUCAGAACCAUGAGCUGCAGAAGAAGGUGCAGCUGCUGCAGAAGCAGAACAUGUCACUGCUUGAGCAGCUGUGGAAACUGCAGGCCUUGGUGAGACAGUCCGCCACCAAAACUACCACAGCAAGCACCUGCAUCAUGGUCCUGGUUCUGUCCUUCUGCCUCAUUCUCUCCCCCAGCCUCUACUCAUUUGGGAGCAGAGCGCUACAGCCAGAGCUCAGAGGGGCUGAGCCUUUCAUCUCCCACAGCCCUGGGAGCGGGGCUUCUGGUCCAUGCCUCAGGGAGAGAAGGCAUGCCUUGAACUGGACUGCUGAGGGGGCAUGGAGCAGAGAACAGCAGAGUUGUUUGCUCUUCUGAAGGCUUUCCUGGCUGCAGGCUGGUUUCAAAGCUAUGUCCUCAUGCGCCCAAGCUUUGCUGUGCUGCCUGGUGAGGCAGUCAGCUGGCUCUGGUUGCACCCCAGGUCUGUGCAGAAACACUUUGAGCUGGCAAGUGGUCUUUCCUGGAGUGCAGCUUAGUGGUACUUGUUGAACAUCUCUCCUUGUCCUACUUCAGAUCUACACUGGUGAGGACAUUUCCUUAUUAAUGACGUGUAAAUAAAUAUUAAUGAUGCGUAAAUAAAAUGUGCCCUCUGUGCAACUGGGCCCCCCGUGGUUGUUUUGGUGCAGGGCUGGUCUGGCCAGUGGAGGCUAGGGGCUGCACCAGGGGCUGGGAGCAUUGUGAGAGGAACCCAGUGGAGGCUGGGGUGUGACCCCCCCUUGCAGCCUAACGAAGGGGAGUAGGUGCUGCCUUCCCUUCCCAUGGCUGCAGCUGUGCAGAGAGGCUUGUUGAGUUUGCUGGGCAGUGCUCUGCUCUCACCCCUCUUCAAGGGUGUGCCAACACCCUUGAAACACUUUUGGAGACAAAUGGAUGUUGUGAGCACCCAGCACCCAUGUGUGACCUGUGCAUGCUGAAGCUGCUGGUGCAAUGGAAGCGAGCAGCUUCCCUUGUAGGAAGCGUGAGGAGCUAGUGUCUGUCCCCACUGCUGCUUUCAUAACAGGGAACUGCACAAUUGCAGGAAACGGCGCAGAGCCAGGGUGGUGAAACAGUCCAGUCCCUUCAGCGGGGGACUGCGGGGAGGGCUCUGUCUGCUGGGUGGUUGCUAAAUCAGGGCUGUGCCCUGUGUUUGUUUGGGAUCACUGGAUCCACAGGAGGCACUAGCAGACUCUGAGCUCAGACUGCUGAACCCAGCGCAGGGUUUGGGGGCAUGGGAACCCAGUGAGGUGAUGGGUGCAAGCAGCACUGUGCUUGCAACCCACCCAGGAAGCAAAGGGCGCUUGUGCAAACAGAUGAGAUGUAAAAUUGAGCACUGUGUCUCUGCCCGUGGAGGAGAGACAGCCACAGAGUGGCUCACCCAUGGGCCAUGUCUCAGGACAGGCAACGGCAUGCUUGUAACAGGAUCAAGUUGCAGCUCUGCUCUGCCCAGGAAGGGCAGCCUGUGAGCAUCCCCAGGGAACCACUGAACCUUUUUCCCCAGGAGCCGUGUGGUGGCAGGAAGGUCUAGGACCCUGUCCUUGCUUUUGUUUCAUUUUUUGCAGUUCAAGGCCAGGGUACAUAAUGCCACUGAUGUCACCUGGAGUCCCUGGCCCAGCGCUAAUUAAUAUCUGUAUGAGUCAUCUGAAAUAAAACACAGUGGUGGUGCCAGCAACACAGGGAGUGGCCACUGGUGCUGAUGUUUGGCCGGGGUGACGGGGUCAGCACCAUGCUCUGCAGCAGUCUGGCUUGCUUGCCCAAAUGUCAGAAGGGGAGAUAGCUCUGGGAGAGCGGGCAGGGAGCCAGGCAAGCACAGCGGGCUCUUCGCUCCUGCCGCUAGGCACUGCCCGCACGAGCCAGCACAGCCCUUCCAUGUGGAAAGACUGUGGCAGAGGCUGGGAUAUCUCAGAGCCCAGAGCUGGUCCCGGUACUGCACUGGGAGUUUUGGGGACGGUUGCUUUGCGAUCUCAGCCCGUGCUGUCCCAGGGCUGCUAUUUUUCAUCGCUUUCUGUGUUCUUGCACCAGUCCCACAGUAAGUGGCUCUGAGCCAGCAAGAGGAAGGAAGCCCAGCCUGGGUCUCACGCCUUGGGUUAAGGGGGAGUGAUGAUAAAAAUGCCCAGAAUGAGUCCUUUGGCUGAGGAGGCUCAUACCUUGUUUCCAUCAGGCAGAGGAACAGGAGGAGACUGGUAUUUCUGUGACCCUCCUCCUCCUUGCUGCAGACCGUUCAUGACAUCUUUUUUCCUUGCAUGCUGCAGGGAUCAGAGCACAUGCCAUCUGUGCAUCGUGCACUGCCUGCACGCACACACGGCCCCCACGUUCUGGCUUAGGUUGAUGUUACAGUCCCUGCUUGCCCUUCCAGCUGCGUUCCCUCUGUUAUUCCUGAGGUUGACCCACAUCCCAUGUGUGUCCCCUGGCAGGUGCCUGCAUCAGCAGCAUGGGAGCAUGCCAAUGGACCAGAAACACGAGCCUUUCAGGGCAAAACAUUCUGCUCAGCCCUUGGCAAGUCCCAUACAGGUGUUGCCGAAUGGAAA